ACAAGGAUAUCUUCAUCGCAACCUAAGCAUUUUGGCCAUCCCCACUUCUGAUCUUUUCGAUUCGAGUUCUUUUUAGUUUCCCGAGAAAAUUUUCUGAUGGCUCCGAAGGCCGAGAAGAAACCAGCGGAGAAGAAACCCGCAUCCGAAAAGCCGGCGGAGGAGAAGAAGGUCGCCGAGAAAGCUCCGGCGGAGAAGAAGCCGAAGGCUGGUAAGAAGCUGCCGAAGGAUGCCGGAGCCGCUGGGGACAAGAAGAAGAAGCGCACGAAAAAGAGCACGGAGACCUACAAGAUCUAUAUCUUCAAGGUGUUGAAGCAGGUUCAUCCGGACAUUGGGAUCUCGAGCAAGGCCAUGGGGAUCAUGAACAGCUUCAUCAACGACAUCUUUGAGAAGCUUGCCCAGGAAGCGUCGAAGCUCGCGAGAUACAACAAGAAGCCCACGAUCACGUCUCGGGAGAUUCAGACAGCGGUCAGGCUUGUCCUCCCUGGUGAGCUCGCAAAGCACGCAGUGUCGGAAGGAACCAAGGCAGUAACCAAGUUCACUAGCUCGUGAAGAGAAUUUAGGGUUGUGGGGUUUUAUGUCAGUAGGAAUUAUCGUGUUGUUUUCCGCUUUAAUGGUAAAGCAGUGGGGAUGUAUGUAUGAAGAAUUGAUGGGUUUACUCUUUAUGAACGAGAAGAUGGUAUUUCCGUCUCUGGCUGUAGAUCGGACUGCAGGAAAGAUGUAAUGUUAUUGUCAGGAUCUUUCAUAAUCAUACAAUUUGGAGUAUGGGGUUUUUAUUCGA